AUGGAGACUUCAAAGGACCAUGUUCCCCCUCGCAGAGGCGUCGCUAUCGUUCUUCCUUCUGCUGCAUUCGCUUCGGCAGAGCAGUCUGAGGAAUACCUUCAAAACGGGGCAGUAUGCUGUAACUUCGGCCCAGGAGUUGCAGCAGUCAUGCAGGACAGCAAGGAGUGGACGGAUCAGAAGUGGGUGCUGCUGAAGAUACAGAGGGAGAUACAGCAGCAGCGGCAGAAGAAACUCUCGAAUGCCGGGCAGGAGGAUUUUGAAGGUAAUAGAGACGAGGGAGGGGUUGGAGAGCAUAGGCGAGAAAGAAAGGAAGAAAGCCAGGAACAUGCAGACGAUCAGUCAAGGGCACGUUACCUUCGCGACAUGGAGCGGCUUCAACGGCAGUACAACGAGUCAUGGAAGAAGUUCAAGGAUUGCCCGCAGUCGGCGACGAUGAUUUCUCAGCUCAGAGAGAUGAAGGUCGAUGACAGCUUGAGGACGGCCAAGCUGAUGCGCAUGGCGGAUCACAACAUGAAGCAGUUGAAGAGAGAGGAGGUCCAGCGCCUUGAGGUCUUUGGGGUGAUGGCACAUGUCAAGACCAACCAGGUCCACACGGGAGUCCAGGAGCCGCUGGAAAGGUUGUCAGGCAAGGGGCUCAUGAAGCUCAGACAGAAGGAGCACAAACAUCUCACAGACAUGGGACAUAUUCGACGCUGCACGGACCCAGACUUAUACCUGAGGGCGAAGGAGCAGGAGACUGUAGAGUUCGAGCGGAAAAAGCAUAAGAAUUAG